AUGACGUUACCGAAAGUAAGCGAGGACGACAUAGCGCUGUUACUGCAGACAUCCGGAAGUACAGGCGUCCCAAAACUAGCAGCUCACACACACCGCUCAAUUCUCACACCGCGUUACCUCCAUCCGGAAGCAGUAAUGUUCGACAAGUCGCUGAGAGUCUACCGUGACCGGCCGUUCACCUCGGUCGGGGGUUUCCCCUUCCAGGUACUCACCGGACAAACCCGCGUCACCACUUCCGGUUUCGCCUCUUCAGGCGCGGACCUAAUGGACGCCACCGUCCAGAUCAUCCAGCGUGAGCGGUGCACCCUCAUGUACGUGCUCCCGCCGUUCCUGCACGAGAUGAUUCGCCGGAAGGACAAAAUUCCCUCCGACUGGCCCCUGAGGUACAUUCUCACUGGAGGUCAACCGAUCACACGUGGUGCUGUGCAGUGUAUCGGCCCGCUGUGUACCAGUGUCGUCUGCGCAUACGGUGGGACGGAAAUCAUAAUUUGCGGCCUUGGGGUGGUCACAGAUAUAGAAAACUUUGUGGAGUUCUCUUGAGGUAAGGUCAUCACUGGACCUGGGUUUGAAUUUAAAAUCAUCGAUAAGGGUGGAAAAGUAGUUCCAAUGAACGAGAGGGGAGAAAUAUUCAUCCGCAGUCGGGUAAUAUUUAAGGAGUAUUACAACGAUCCUGAGAAAAC